UGCAGCAGCGCGGCGUCUCCAAGGCGGGCUCGAUGUACAUCAGAGCGGAGUCGCAAUAAGAUAGGCUGCCGCCCUCGCGAAGGAGAUUGGCCUCGAUGCGGUUGACUGCAUCAGACUUGCCGGAUAUGAAGGUCACGACGUAGGCAUGGGCCUUGAAAGACACGGCGUCGGUCAUGGUAGACAUUGUGGUGAGUGGUGAAUGAAUGAUGAAGAGCUGGAGAAGAUGUGGACGGUGUGGAAAGUAUGUAAAAGGUAUCGUAAGACGAGAUUGCUGUCGCGAGACAAAGCUGAGCGUCGCGAGACGGAAGUUGGUGCUGUUAAGCUGAAAGAGGUGCGGUUAAGCAGAAGAUGGUUUCUUGACACAAAGAGAGCUGUCAAGCAGAGGCUGAAGUCCGUAGACAGAGGCGUUGCGGUUGCAGACGAUUUGCGGUCGCAAGAGUGUGUUGGCACAGAGACUCGAGAACGUCGGCGGCGCGAUUAUGUUGUCGACGCAGCAAACGCAGGUCUUGGCGUUUGCUCCGGGCAAUUGCGCGAGUUCAAGGCGAGUUGCCGGAGUGACAGUGAAUGGUGAAUAGGGAGGCGCAUGUUGCUGCUCCAGUCGACGGUCGGGCGGCGCGGCAGCCUGCUAAAUCACUCGUACCAGAAGCC